CCCGUAUGGGACGUUUCGGCAAUGCCGCUUCUAAUUCUAGUGACUCAGCCUUGGAAAGGAGCGCGUCCAUUUACGCAGGCGUCCUGCAACCCCGUACGGGACUAUAGAGCGUACGGCUCACGCAGGAUCCUGAAAAUAUCGGUAGCCUGUGGUGCCGUAAGGGACUAUAGCAGAAUUCUGAAAUGUUUUGGGCAAUCUGUGUCCCCGUACGGGAGUAUAGAGUGCAGGGGCAAUAGGAAUACUGAAAAAUGUUGUCCCGGUACAGGAUUAUGGAGUGUAGGGCUCUUAUUCACGCAGGAGCAAGCACGGGCACUCGAAAACCCCGUACGGGACCGCGUUCCCUCGUAUUUUCUGUAUUCGCCGCACACUUCCCGUACGGCACCGAGUGGGCGACGAUAUCCAGAAAUAGAAGCGCGAACCAAUCCCCUGCGGCGUCCAAUCCCCUACGGGACCCAACCCCUUGCGGCGUCCAAUCCCCUACGGGACCCAACCCCUUGCGGCGUCCAAUCCCCUACGGGACCCAACCCCUUGCGGCGUCCAAACCCCUGUGGGAUCCGAUCCCCCACGGGAUCCAAUCCCUACGGGACGGGAUUUUCCACUGUUUGCGCUCCGUGCGGGAGCCCGUGCGGGAACCAAGCCCGUGCGGGAACCAAGCCCGUGCGGGAACCAUGCCCUGCACUCCAUACUCCCGUACGGGAACGCGAUUGCUAACGUUUU